GCAGGGUAAGAGAUAAGCCAUGCCAUACAUAAAACACUUAUCAGCUAGGCUUGUGUGCUGGGCGCUCACAGAUACACAGCACACCAACACAGUAACCAACAUGGCCAGUAAGAAAGCAGCAGCCAAGAGAGGCAAGACCGCACAGAGAGGCUCCUCAAAUGUGUUCUCCAUGUUUGAACAGUCUCAGAUACAGGAGUUCAAGGAGGCUUUUGGUUGCAUUGAUCAAGAUCGAGAUGGUGUCAUCAAAAAACAAGACCUGAAGGAAACCUAUUCACAACUGGGGAAGCUGAAUGUACCGGAUGAGGAGCUGGAGGGCAUGUUGGCAGAGGGUAAAGGUCCAAUCAACUUCACGGUCUUCCUCACGCUCUUUGGAGAGAAACUCAAUGGAACAGAUCCAGAAGAGACUAUCCUUAAUGCCUUCAAACUCUUUGACCCCAAUGGGACAGGAUUCGUCAACAAGGAUGAGUUCAAAAGGCUUCUUAUGAAUCAAGCAGACAAAUUCAAUGCUGAAGAGGUGGAACAAGCUUUUUCUGUAGCGCCAAUUGAUGUGAGCGGCAACAUUGACUACAAGUCCCUCUGUUACAUCAUCACACAUGGUGAUGAGAAGGAGGAGUCAUAAGCCUGUCAAUCCUCAGAUGAAUCUGUCUGAAAAAAACAAGGGUUCCAUGUUCCACAACUAUGUAUUAGGUGAAAGAGACGUUUUUAGUCAAUGUUUUAUUUCCUACUCAGUUGGUUAAUUGGUGAAUAGAUUUUGGAGAUACAUUAUCAUAUCUCAUUCAUAGACAUACAAAACAUUUGACAAGUUAAAGCCCCUAGACCGAAUGCCAUGCAAUGCGUGAUAACUACAUUGUAUAUGCUUUCUGAAGUCUUUUCUCUGCCCUUUCCUUAAUGGCAGUCACAUACUCAUGUACCGCAGGGCGCUUAUUUGAUUAGGAUGAAGGAAAACAGUGUAAAAUGAGCAAAUACAAAUCACUUCAGACACAUUCAUUAAAUUGUACAAGGUAUAACUCUCAUCUCAUAAUGUAAUUAUGACCCUAAUUUGACCUAUUCAGAAUGCUUUAUUCCUUAAAACAUUUGAGGAGAGCGCUCUUCCCACUUGCUGUGAUCCAUGCAAAAUAUAAACUUUCAAAUCA